AUGUCCCAUGUAGCUGUUUCUUCACCACUUCCAAAUGAUUACAUAAAGUCGAACCGUCAUAUGUUUUUCUCCUUUCAUCCAGACAGUUUUUCAUUUUUAUCUGGAUAUUUAGGAGUAAAUACAGCAAAGAUAUCCGGUAGCUUAUUAAUUAGAACUCCGCAAGAAAUUGAAGCUAGUGAAAUAAAUUUGUAUUUUAUUGGUAGAGAAAAGGUCGAGUGGGGAGUUGAUUUCCGUAAAGCAAAAGCAAAGGAUGAAUACAUUAUAUUUAACUUACAUGAAAACUUAUGGACAACUUCAGAUCCCGUAGGAUAUGAAUUAAUAACCGAGUUAUCUUUACCAUUUGAAUUUGAAGUGCCUUCAGAUGCUGUAGAAAGUUUUGAAUCAAGUUUUGGAAGUGUUCGAUACACAUUGAAAGCGGUGAUUAUUAGAAAUCAAAAAAAAAAAAACAAAUGGGUUGAAGUUAUUGUACCAAUUUUGAGAUGGUCUCAACCACCAGAAGAAGAAUUAAGUCCUUUAGUUUUGAAAUCAAAAGAUAUUUCACAAAGAAAACAUCAAAUUGGAUGGGAAGCAGAAUUGCCAAAAACAUUUUUUGAUAUUGGCUCAAAAAGAUUUAAAGUUAAAUUAAAAAUAAUUUGUCGUCAACCAGAUUUAAGAAUUAGAAAAAUAAAUUCAUAUUUAAAAGGAAUUUUUAAAUAUAAAGCAAAUAAUUUAUCUUUCGAAAAAGAACAGUAUUGUUACAAAGGUGAAAUUAGUGGUAAUGAUAUCAUAAUUGUUCCAAAUGGAGUCGAUAUUAUAUUUGAAGUAAAAGUAAUUAUUGAUAUACCUAGUAAUAUCCUUCCAACUUGUCAAACUAAAUAUAUGAAUAUUAUUAAUGAAAUUCAAAUCAAAGUAAUUUUUGAAAGGUCAAAUACUUUUGUUUUAAUUACAAGAGAAAUUUUUUUAGGAAGAAAUUAUAAUAUAGAUGGUGAAUCUAUUAAUGAGUUAUCUGAUUAA